UUAAGGAGUCAGGGCUCAGAACUCCAAUAAUCCCGCACACUGGGAAAACUCCGCUCAGAGUUACCUUUGCAGCGGACUCAUCCUCGUCGGACUGGCGCUUUGAGAGAGCUCCCAAGACAAUGAUGGAUCUAAUGACCACAACCCCUUUGUACCACAUCAACACAACAGAUGCCACUGGAAGCAAUGGCUCCAUGUACGAUGAUGACGACGAGUAUGACUACAAGGACGAGCAUGCUGAGCUGAGACAGUCUCUGAACAUCAUGUCUCUCAUGGUUUACUGCCUGGCCUUUGUUCUUGGUGUUCUUGGAAAUGGAGUGGUUAUCUGGGUGACCGGAUUCAAGAUGAAGAAAACAGUAAACACAGUUUGGUUCCUCAACCUGGCUGUGGCUGACUUUCUCUUCACUGCAUUUCUGCCUCUGAGUGUAACUUACACAGCCAUGGAUUUCCACUGGCUUUUCGGCAAGUUCAUGUGCAAACUCAACAGCACUAUAAGCUUUUUGAACAUGUUUGCUAGUGUCUACAUUCUAGUGGUGAUCAGUGUGGAUAGAUGUGUGUCCGUGGUGUGGCCAGUCUGGGCCCAGAACCACAGGAGUGUUCAGAAGGCAUCCUGUGUGAGUCUUGGUGUGUGGGUGCUGGCUUUGACUCUCAGUGCCCCGUACUUCAUCUUCAGGGACAUUGGUUCAUCGUAUAACAAUGAAAAAAUCAUCAACUGCUUCAACAACUUUGCCUUUUCUGAUGACUAUGAAACUCCAUCAGUGAACCAGCUGCGACAGUUUCGUCACCAAGCCAUGACCAUCACUCGCUUCCUCCUGGGAUUUGUCGUCCCCUUCAGUGUCAUUGUCUCCUGUUAUGCUGUGAUAAUCCAUCGUCUCAGGAGAAACCGCACCCUGGCCAGCAAGUCAAGCCGGCCCUUUAAGAUCAUCGCUGCAGUUAUCGCCAUUUUCUUCCUGUGCUGGGCUCCUUAUCACAUCAUGGCUCUAAUUGAGCUGGUAAAUCACAUGGCUAAUCAUUCAAGUGAAACAUUGGACCAUGUCACCACUAUCGGAGUCCCCAUAGCUACCAGUCUGGCUUUUCUUAACAGCUGCCUGAACCCACUGCUUUAUGUGUUCAUGGGCCAAGAUUUCAAGGAUAAAGUCCGCAAAUCCAUCCUGAAUGUAUUGGAGUCUGCCUUCCAGGAAGAAGUUUCUCGCUCUUACACCUACACAAACUCAAUGAUCACCAGUCGGAGCAAAGAAAAGUCUUACUCUGAUGCUGAAGUGUAGGGUUGUCCAUGACAUGAAAACACAAUUAUUUUAACUGUAUAUUGCAAAUGUAAGUGGAUAUAAAACAACAACUUUUAAAGCCUUUGUUACUUUUUAACAAGGAAGCAAAAUAACAGAUAUAUGCUACCUGAUUUUGAACAUUUUACCUGUUCCAGUGUUUUUUAAUGAACUGAUCAGGUCUAUAAAAAAUCUGCUUCUCAGCAUCAACUGCCUCCGUUGUGAUGGAGCUGACAGAUGGUCAUAGUAUACAGCAAGUUGAGAAUCAUUAGUGAUUCAUAAAUGGGAUUAAAAGGGAUGCAUGGGUCAAAUGUUUCAAAUAACAAUGAUUAAAUAGAAACUACAAUACUGUAUGAGGUAUACAAAGGAAGAAAACACAAACCUUCACAUAUGCAAGCACCUUUAUCUACAUUUACAAACCAUUACAGUAAAGCAAGAGACUGGUGGAUCUUUUAGGUACCAGAAUUGAAUCAUUAUACUGUUCUCUUGUUGGCUGAAUUUUGCACGCAUACUAUAUAUUAUAUAAUCGUGAGCUAAAACACGUCUGCAAGCCAUGCUUGAGUAGUUUAUGUUCUGAUUUGUACAUCACAAGCAACAAAAGCACGUAGCUUUGAUAGAAAAGGUAGUGUGUUUUUCGUUUAUCAUGUAUAGGGGAAGUUUAAAAGUACAUAAUGCCCUUUCUUGCCUUAUGAUUGACAGUACAGGCUUUAAAAUGUAUUUGUGGAAUAGAUUGAAUGAAUAAUUUAUCUACUUUUUAUCUCUUUUUCUUUUGCACAAACAAGCUUAUGGCAAGUUAAAGCCCCUGUGAGGAGUUUUUGAAGGGUUAUGAAACAGGCUGAAUCUUUAUAAAAAUGCCUCUUUUUUUACCUAAAAAGGCAAAUGAGACCAUCAGCAACAGAAUAGGUUAGUUCUAUGUUGUAUUUUUUAAUGUCUAAUUCUCAUGCCUUUUUAUUGGGUCCAAGAAUAUUUAUGUUUAUACCAUUUUCACAACAAGUAUUCAACAUUUGAGCGUUAGAGCAAGCACAAUUCCAUUUUGUCAGAAAACGUGACCUACAAGUGUCGAAUGCAAGAUUCACAAAGUGAUCAGAGGUACUGCUUUGCUCACUGGGGUCAUGUCCACACAAACUGAAAGUUCCUCACAGGUGCUUUAAUGUCCCAGUUUCCGUAUUACACCUAACUAGGAUCUGUCACUGGAAAAAAAAAAAAAGCACCACAGUGACAACAAAGGCCAUCUCUGUGUACAUACAAGUGGAAAUGAAGUGAGAAGCUAAAUAAUGUAAAGUAAAAUAUAUCUUGUAUUAUAGUAGUCUUCAUUAAGUGGAUCAACCUGAAAUGUUGAUUAUGCUUUCCAUGUGGCAACAACAUAGAGUUACAGGAAAAAAUUGAAUUUACUUUUUAAAUGCUUAAUGAACAUUGUAUUUACAUCCGUCAUUCAACAUUAUCAAAGCUUGUAGAAUAUGACAAUGACUAUGAGAUAAUUGCGCUUAAAGUUUCAGCUGCAAAUUGUAAUUUGGCUUUGUGUGUUAUUUUGAUCACUGUUAAAAGUUUUAGGUUGAUGGUAUUUCCAUGACCCCCAUCCUGCAUGUUGUGUAUAUAAUCUAAUAGUUUUUAUUUAUCCAUGUCUCUGUUAAUUUCACAGAAGAAACCAAUGCUUUUGUUUAACUUUAUCAAUGAAUCAGUCAUUUUCCUUCAAAUUUUCAUAAUCAAUCAUAUGUUUCAUGAAAAUCUGGGAAGUCAUCCCCUCUGUACCCUCUGUUCUUGCUAACAUCUUCAAGUGCCUUAUUUUCCUUGUUAACAAAGAACCCAAAGACAUCUAUUUACUCAAAAAUAGACAAAACAAAACCACAAUGUAAACUCAUUUUAGAAGCUAUAAUUAAUGGAUUUUGGUCUGUACAUUUUCUGUUUAGCCACUAAAUAAAUGUAAAGAACAGGUUGACAUACUUACUAUAUGUACUGUUUGAUCUCAAUUCAUGUGGCACUGUGCCAUGAAACACAUGAUAAAUGCCCUGUUCUAAUGUAAGCUAUGUAAAGAUGAUUUCAUUUGGAUUUAAAUUGUUUUUAUUGUUGCUUUGAGUUAAUAUGAAUAAAUGUGAACUAUGAUGAUGA